AUGGCUAAACUUGGUGAUGCCCGUACGGGCAAGAUUCUGGCUUCGUCGGUGACGGGCACAACAUUCCUGAUCAUGAUUCAAUUAGCUUCCAGAAUCUUCACCUUUGCCUCAAAUCAGUUGAUUCUACGCAAUCUUUCACCAGUUGUACUGGGCAUAGCUGCUCAGCUCGAGCUUUUUCAAGUUUCAAUCCUGUAUUUCUCAAGAGAGAGCAUUCGAAUGGCCAUUCAAAGACAGCCAAUGUCAUCUUCAUUGAAGAACAAAGAUCACACCGGUCAGGCAAACAAUGCAUCAGUACAUACACAAUCUUUGGCAUCUCAGGUGGUGGUGAAUGUGUCUUAUUUGAGUCUUGCCCUUGGUGUUCCUGCCACUCUCUUUUUCACCAUUCUAUAUCAGCGCUUUGUGUCAAAUGAAGCUUCAAAUAUCGCCUUCUUCCAUUUCAGCGUGGUGGUCACUGCUCUUGCAGCUCUCAUUGAGCUCAGCAUUGAGCCAUUCUUUGCAGUGGUUCAACAACACAUGCUGUAUGAGAAGCGUGCUGCCGUGGAAAUGCCAGCAGCAUUUCUGAGGAGUGCUGUAACAUCUGUUGCCUUUAUUUACAGCUCUCGGGCCAAUUAUAACCUUGGCGUGGUUCCAUUUGCGCUAGGUCACCUCGUCCAUUCGUUAACCCUCCUGUCUGGCUAUUCUUUGGUCUUACUAACGGGACCAAACAACAAACACUUCUCUUUCUUGUUGACACGCGUGCAAUCUAGUGAUCCAUCAAAAUUCAUACUUGGAUUGUUCUCGCGCCAAUUGACGACAUUUGCUGCCAAUGUUUUUUUUCAAUCUCUGGUGAAGCAUUUGCUCACGCAAGGCGACACCAUGAUGCUUGCUGCCCUUUCGGGGCUGGAAGAUCAGGGUAUUUACUCUCUUGCAUCAAACUACGGCGGUCUUGUUGCACGUAUCAUCUUCCAGCCACUAGAGGAGAGCAGCCGAAAUCUCUUCUCAUCCCUCAUGAGUCCAAAUGAGAGUGGGAAAUUGAGCAAUAUGCAAAUCCGCGCGGCCAAAAAACAUCUUUUAGAUAUUCUACACGCCUACCAGAUGUUUUCAGUUCUUCUUUUUCCGUUGGGCCCUAUGAUGGUUCCCCAUCUGUUGCAUGUCCUAGGAGGUCGCCAGUGGGCUUCACCAAAAGUUGGUGGUCUACUUUCUGUCUAUUGCUACUACAUUCCAUUUCUGGCGCUCAAUGGAAUUACUGAAGCAUUCGUAUCAUCCGCGGCCAAUCCUCGUGAGAUACGGCAACAAACAGGAUGGAUGGGUGUCUUCUCUGCCUGUUAUGCUGUAGCAGCCUACAUGUUCCUUGAGCUAGGAAAUUUGGGCGCUUACGGAUUGGUCCUGGCUAACAUUGUGAAUAUGGCGGUUCGGACUCUCUGGAGCUUCACUUUUAUCAAAUCGUACCUCCAUCGACAAGGAGAACAUCUCUCUACAAGUGAAGCAACCAUCCGACCUGCUAGCUUCAUCAUUGGGGCCUUGACCAGUAUGACGAUGACUCGACAAACAUCUGAAAACUCGCGACUUGGAUUUUUCCAAUCGUGUACAGUCAGUAUCAUAUAUGUUCUUGUGAUAUUCUACAUUGAAAAGCAAUACAUACUGGGCCAGUUGGCAAGGAUCCGUGAAACAAUUUCCUCCCACAAGAAAGACAAGAGGCAUUAG